ACCCUAGUCCACUAGGGUUUUCCUUUACAAUCAACUCAACAGACCACAGACGGCAGAUUUCUCAACUCCCUAAGGUUUACACGCUGCAGAGAAAACUCGAUCUUCACUUCAGACAAAGAUGUCGAUCGGAGAGCUUGGUUGCACUUACGCCUCUUUGAUUCUUUGCGAUGAUAACAUUCCUGUCACGGCUGAGAAGAUCACCACCCUUUUGAAGGCAGCUAAUGUCCAUGCUGAAUCCUACUGGCCAGCUUUGUUUGCUAAGCUUGCAGAGAAGCAAAAUAUUUUGGACCUCAUUUCAAAUGUUGGUGCUGGUGGCGGCGGCGGCGGUGGUGGUGCACCAGCGGUAGCUGCUCCUGCUGCUGGAGGUGCAGCAGCAGCUGCACCUGUUGCAGAAGAAAAGAAGGAAGAGCCAAAGGAAGAGAGUGAUGAUGAUAUGGGAUUUAGCUUGUUUGAUUAGAAGCGUUUUUCAAUAUUAUGUUUUAGUUAAAAGAGAAAAAAACUUUAUCUGUUUUAUUGUGGUGUUUUAGCACUGUUUUACUGGGUACUCGUUAAGAAUUUUGUCCAAUUUUUUCUUUUA